GCAGAUUUUUCCCCCCUUCCCCGGAUUUCCCGCCCAGUCUCAUCAUAAUUACUUAUCAUCUACAACGGCAACGUCUAGCAACAUCCGGCAACGAAACGUUGCUUCUGGCUCACCAUGGGUCCCUCAGGUAUCGCACGCUCAGCUCCUCGAGCUCUGAAAGCUGCCACGCGGCUCAACCAGCGCGAGAGCCUCUCUACCUUGGGUGGAGGUCGUCGAAUCCAAAUCCCGUCAUCCACGUCAUACCCGGCACAGGCACAUUCCAGGGCCCUGCACCAUGUCCCGUCGCGCAGGUCACAGUCCGCCACGGCAUCGAAUCCCGCCAUGUCCUUCCCUUGUCUCGACGCUCAGGAUGCCAAGUCCGCUCAACUCUCCGCACGGUCACUCCAGUCGGGGCCCGAGCCCUCCUACACAACCGGUCACCACGAACAGUUUCACUGCGAACAACCCUUGCUACUGGAUUGGGGUGGUGUGCUACCGGAAUUCGAUGUCGCUUACGAGACAUGGGGCCAGUUGAAUCCCGACAAGGGCAAUGCUAUCCUGCUACACACGGGUUUGUCUGCGUCCAGCCACGCUCAUAGCACCGAAGCCAACCCCAAGCCCGGCUGGUGGGAGAAGUUCAUCGGGCCCGGCAAGCCCCUGGACACGGACAAAUACUACAUCAUCUGUACCAACGUCAUCGGAGGAUGCUAUGGCAGUACUGGACCUUCGUCGAUUGACCCCUCGGAUGGAAAGCGAUACGCUACCCGGUUUCCGAUUCUCACGAUAGACGAUAUGGUGCGGGCACAAUUUCGUCUUCUGGACUCCCUCGACAUUGACAAGUUGUACGCCUCGGUCGGAUCCAGCAUGGGUGGUAUGCAGAGUCUCGCGGCGGGUGUGCUCUUCCCCGAGAGGAUCGGCAAGAUUGUCAGCAUCAGUGGAUGUGCGCGAAGUCACCCGUAUAGCAUUGCCAUGCGACACACUCAGCGGCAGGUGCUGAUGAUGGACCCGAAAUGGGCGCGGGGAUUCUACUACGACUCGAUCCCGCCUCACUCGGGCAUGAAGCUGGCCAGAGAGAUCGCCACAGUGACAUACAGGAGUGGACCGGAAUGGGAGAAUCGGUUCGGCCGCAAGCGUGCAGACCCCAGCAAGCAGCCGGCUCUGUGCCCGGACUUCCUGAUUGAGACAUACUUGGACCAUGCGGGAGAGAAGUUCUGCUUGGAAUAUGAUCCCAACAGUCUACUCUAUGUGUCGAAGGCCAUGGACCUGUUUGACCUCGGCUACGAUCACCAGUCCGAGACACAGAAACGGAGGGCUGGGUAUGAGGCUAAGAUUGCCGAGGGAGGGAAGACUCUGCAGAAAAGCGACAUCGCGUGCAGCUUGACCCUUCCGGAGAAACCGUACGAGGAGCAACCGUCUGUGACGGCAGGCACUCCCUCGAUGGAUCAAGCUGUCGGGGGAGAGGCAGGACCAGACGCCCCACCGCGGGAUCUCGUGGCUGGUCUGGCGCCCCUCAAGAACCACCCGGUUUUGGUGAUGGGUGUUGCCAGUGACAUCCUCUUCCCCGCCUGGCAGCAGCGAGAAAUCGCACAAACCCUUCGGGCAGCUGGGAAUGAGAAUGUCGAGCACAUCGAACUCGGAGAGGACGUCUCACUGUUCGGACAUGACACGUUCCUUCUGGACCUGAAGAACAUCGGCGGUGCCGUGGAGAAGUUUCUCCGGUAAACGGGCCCCCGAUGGGUCUUGAUUCGGUCAUGACGAAAGCGGGCGUUAAUUGGUAGUUAGCGUGAUGUAUUCCAUUCUGUAAAUAUUCCACACCCUGCUUGCCUGGAAUCACGGAACGGGUCUUUUCGGCUAUGAUCGUGUACUAGCUAGAUAUAUAAUAUAACCUCGCAUGGUGGAAAGAAGCCGAACCAGAGUCAACAUCCGGACCGGAACAUGAGA